AUGCAAUCUCGAUUAGGGGGCAUGGCUCGAAUUUGGCACUCUUCUCUUCCAAGGUACGACUUGUCAUGGGAGGAAUGGAAAAACGAAUUUAUGAAGGCAUUCCCUAGUAUUAUAGAUUAUCCUGAAUCCCUUCGUGUAAUGUUAUCAAGAAGAAAAACUUUAAAUGAAACGAUGACUCAUUAUUUUUAUCAAAAGAAUGCAAUGUUAACUAAGCUAGAAAUAAGCGGAGACAAAGCAGUCGCUUGCAUCAUCGAUGGGUUGCCCGCGUUCCUAAGAGCACCUGCUCGAGCCGGGAAUUAUAAGACUCCAACUGACCUGCACGCAUCCUUUUUAUGCGUUAUGGAAGAUAGCAGAGCAAAGAAUAAUUUCACAAGGAACGAGACUGGAAAAACAAGUGCUACAGAAUAUUUUGCUACCAGAAAUGCCAAGGACCCUAUCACAUGCUAUACGUGCGGUGGAGCUGGACAUACAUCAAGACGUUGUCACAAAAAUCGAUGCUCUAAUUGUGGGAAAAAUGGUCAUCCAACUGGAAAAUGUAUUUUCAAGAAAUAUGAAGUAAAUAAAGAUUCAGCAUCCUCGUCGGUCAACUAUAUAACAAACGAGGUAAAUAGGACAUACUUUAUUCCUGUCCACGUUAAUGAAGUACGCAUGUUAGCUUAUUUAGAUUCAGGUGCUAAAAUCAAUGCCGCGUGUCCCGAAAUCGCAAAAUCCUUAGGUCUUAACUUAAAAUCAUGCGACAUGAGUAUUGGUGGAUUUGGAGGUAGAUAUGUCAAAGCGCAAGGGUUAGCUGACGUAGAUAUAAAAAUUAAUAACAUUCUUUUUCGAACAACGUUGACAAUUGUUGACUUAAAAUUACGUAAUAUUCAACUUAUACUUGGACAACCAAUCAUAAACAAUCCAAGGAUAAGAUUUAUUGUUAAUGGUACGAAUUUAACUAUAGAAGAAGCUUUACCUGAAGUUUUUCUUAUUGAAGACUUUCCGACUGAGAAACGAGUGGAAAUUUUUUGUAAACAGGAUACAAUAGUACCCCCAUUGAGCAAAAUGAUUGUGGAGACUUGUAUAGAAAACGCUAGACCAGAAGAUUAUGUCUUCAUAGAAAACAGAACAUGUCGCAAUGAAGUCAGAGAUUAUACUAUUCCUGCAACUAUGCUGAGCGGUGAAUCUGGAAUAAUAAAUGUGCAGAAUAAUUCACGUCAUCCACUAUUACUCGAAGAAAAGGAUCUUCUAGCCCGAGGUGACAAAUGGUCUGGGAUGACUUCUGCAUAUAAGAAAGUAGAGGAGAAACACGUGAAUAUUUUAUCAGUCGAUUUUAAGAAGAUUCAAUGUGACACGAAGAAUAUGAACAUAAAAGAAAAAUUAGAACAAUUAAUAAAAGAAUACACGGAUUGUUUUUCCUCUUCGACAAGUAUGGGAGAAAAUACUUUAGAGAACGAACAAGAGUCCCAAGAAAAUUGUGAGAGGGCUAAAAAGAAUAUUGAAAAGAAGGCAGUAGAAAUGAAGAAAAGCAAAAUUGUGAGUGACGCUAAUGAUAGGGCGCUUAGCAAUCGUAGCCACGUAGCGCCUUUCCAAUUACGAGUGCUACGAGGGCAGGCGGCGGGCGACGGGCGGCUACGGGCUGAGCUACGCCGCGUUCCAUUCGUUACGGGACGUGCCACUAACAUCUGCAGCCUCUAUAACCCCGAUAAUUUGCUUUCGAUUUUACUUAUUGACUUUUUUGACUUCAUGACAUUA